AUGUCUUCCUACAAUGAUGAAGAAAAUGCUAAGCACGGCUUCACCUGUUCAUAUGGCAGGUUUUACACCUUUCCUGGUCGAGUAGAGCGAGUUGAAGCUUCCUCUCUCAGGAGCAUGUUCUUACCAAAACUCACUGCUGAAGCAAACAAGAAACUGAAGGAGGGCCGUUCCGGCAACUUCGUUCGUGGCCAACUAAAGCACUAUGGCGUCAAAUUUGAUGAGAGUGAAAUGUCUGGGAAUGGAACUCCUCUGAUGAAGAAAGUCCUUCAAGCUGGGAAGUGCGACAAAGUUCCCGACCAUAUCACUCGACUGCGCGAGCAGCUGCAUGCAGAAUGGCUCAACAAACAAACCCCUGAGCAACUCUCUAGUUUCCCCGACUGGGUCAUGGAGAAAUACUUCUUAUCGUCCGGCCAACCCGACCGUAAGAAAACGGCCACAGUUGUUGCCAGCAAGGUCGCAGGCCUGCACAACGAGACGGGUAGAGGCCCUAAGACGCAGACCAUUUUCAUGGGCUGGAAUUCGGCAGCUGUGAAAAAGGCUGCGAAGGACCAUCCCGCUAAAGAGGCGAAGGAAGUCCAGGCGGAGGGAGAUGAGCGGGAGGAUCAGCGUGAGGAGAUGCAUACGGACUAUCUCAAUACCCAGAAGCAGAAAAAAGGUCCGAAGAGCUCCAAGAGGUAUUCGCCCGUUGGCAGCUAUAUCAUCGAUUGCAAAGAGAUCGAAGAGCAGUGGCCGGAUCAGGCAGAGGAUCUAAGUUUGGAUAUACGCCAGACUGAGGAACCUGGCAUUUUUGAAGCCAGCUUCAAUUUCGGGAUUCUGGAAGGAGUCAUGAUUAUCGGCGCGGAAAAGAAAGCUCUAGAGCAAUACUGCUCUCAGUUAGAUUUGGAGGAUGAAUCCGACCUGGAAGAGGAAGAAGACGAAGAAGAAGACAAGGACGAUGAUGAGGAUGAAGAUGAAUCCGAGAACGAGAAAAAGCGUGCCCGCAGCUCUAAGAGAAAGUCUGAAGCUCCUCGAGGCCGAGGCCGCCCACCAAAGAAGUCCAAGAGCGAACCUGCCCAGUCACGUACAUAUCUACUAAGAUUGAAAUGCCGUGAGACCGGGGAGGGCGAGAUUCAAUCCGAGGCAGAACAAGGGACUAUCACGUUCAAAGACGGAAACUUGGCCAGCUUCACCGGAAAGGCCACUCUUCCUUGCGUGGGCGAAGCAAUACCUUUCAGUGGGCGGAAGAUAUCUGAUACGCCUGCUGCCCCCGAAAGCUCAUGGGCUGAUUUUUCGGAGAACGCGUAUGAGGAUGCGCGUGUUGGACGAUGGCACUAG